AUGGGUUGCACUCCGAGCAUGCUGCUGGACCACAAAAGCCGCCGCCGCGACAGCGCCGGCUCGCAGGAGGCCGCCUUGGCCAAGGUGGCGCCCACGCCGGUGUGCCAAAACAAGGCGGUCCAGGCUGCGAGGGCGCCCAGGGCCUCAUUGGAGUCCGACGGGUUCAGCGUCCAGCUGUCCAGCAAGAAAGACAGCUAUGUCUCGCAGAUGGGCAACAACUUCGCAACACAGCUACACAUUAAACGAAUAUCUGGUAAGCCAAUUGGU